UCUUGCGCCUGAAGCGUGAUUGCCCGAAUCAACGUCGAGGCCAUUCAUAUCAUGUCCAUUCAUUCCUUCCUUUUCUAGUACUCAGAACGGGAAAAACAAAGGAAGGAGGAGCGUUGAGGAUAAAGUUGGGCCAACAUUGGAGGAAUUUAUUUUACUACUAGUAGAAAACAUCUGAAAUUUGUACUUUGGCAAUAAUUUUUUAAGCCUUACCUUAGCUUGAAGCUUGACCCACGUCUACGUUCAACACACACAAACCUCAACUCAAGUCUCCUUCUGCCGCGAUCGCAACCGAGACUUUGUCUUGUUUGGAUAAGGAGGAAAGGUAACUAAUCUAGUACCUGAUUGUGUGCGGUCUUGGAUUACACGUGGACGGCGACAGUUCUUCGGUCCGGCAAGAUUUCCUCUUUGUCGAUCGCGAUACGCACCCCCCAAAUCUUGCCCGUCAUUCCCAGACGUCCUCUCAGCAGUGUUCAUCGCCGACCAGCAGCCUCUCUUCGGAACCCCUUGAACAAAUCAUCUCUUGGUCCUGCACAAAGCCGCCGGCAGCUAACUCGAUUGUCCGCGAACUACAUGCCCAUUGCGUAACCCGAGGACCCAAUGGGAGCCUCUCACAUACACCAGUCCCGAUAGCAUCUCAAGUAGGACGCAGUCAUGGAAAGCAAUGGCAGCCACGCCAAGGACAAGAGGCCCGACAGCGACGCCAAAUCUAAGGACGACACCCCUACGACCUCAACCACCACCACACCCCCUGAUAAUACCAAUAAGAGCCCCAAGAAGAGGCGCAAGGUAAACCAUGCUUGUGUAUACUGCCGUCGAUCUCAUAUGACUUGCGAUCUCGAGAGACCAUGCACGAGAUGUAUCAAGCGAAAUAUUGGCCAUCUUUGCCACGAUGAGCCCCGGGAUCCGGAUUCAAAGAAGCUCAAAGGCACCCCCGGUGCGGCUGGACACGAAGAGUCGGAGAUCCAGCCCGAGCUACCGCAGAAUUCAAUAGAUCAGAGCGCCGCUGCUAUGGCACCACCGUCAUUCGACGGAACUGGAGCAGCUCAAAGAACUAAGCAAGGUUUUGGUGCAGCUGCACUAGGUCAGGCAAACCCCCUACAGCUUGUGUCACCGAAUCCGGUCUCCAGUAUGCAGGCCAAUGGCUCUGGCAGCAAUAUGAACCAAUUCGGUGGGUUCUCUGAUGCCUGGCUAUCCGCCCAAAAUCAAUUCUACGAUAUGCAUCACUACCACCCUCAAUAUACGCUUGCCCCAGAAGUCUCCCACGAGUUUAAUCUUCUCAAUGAUUUUCUGAACACUAGUCUCCUCGAUGACGCGGGGAACCUGCCAGACGACCAGAAUCUGCUGUUCAGGAAUAAUCAGUCGCAACCUAACCAGUCCGAAAUGGCGAGCUUCGUGGCUGGCAACAAUAGCAACAUUUUAUCUACGAAUUCGAUACAGGCAGGCUCCAUGCCUCCGCCAAGCACGGAACAGGCCGUCUCCAGCGCCAUAUCAGCAGACAAGACGCGUGAAUUCUAUCUCCAAGCGGCGGACCCAUCAGGCAACGACACGCCAGAGGCGCGCAUGCAUAGUGUGAUGAAGGCCAAAUACAAUGCGGGCCUUCUGAAGCCGUUCAAUUACAUCAAAGGCUACGCUCGUUUGUCGUCGUACAUGGAUAGCCAUAUUGCUCCCGCGUCGAAGCAGAAGAUUCUACGACAGCUAGAUCGCUUUCGACCCAAGUUCCGAGAGAAGGUGCAGGGACUUACGGACAUCGAGCUCGUCUACGUAGAGAUGUGGUUCGAAAAGACCUUGCUAGAAUAUGACCGAGUCUUCGCAGCUAUGGCGGUUCCGGCUUGCUGCUGGAGACGGACCGGGGAGAUCUUCAGAGGCAACAAGGAGAUGGCUGAACUUAUUCAUGUUCCGGUAGAUAAGCUACGAGAUGGUAAAAUUUCGUUGCACGAAAUAUUGACGGAAGAGUCGCUCGUACGGUACUGGGAAGAGUUUGGCACCAUCGCGUUCGACGCGGCGCACGACACGCUUCUAACGGCGUGUGCUUUGAAGACCCCAGAUGACCGAUCGAACGAUCCGAUCAUUAACUGCUGUUUUUCCUUUAUGAUCCGUAGGGACGAUCACAAGAUACCCAGCCUCAUCGUUGGCAAUUUCCUUCCACAUGACCCUUCGCAUUCUUAGAAGCAUAUCAUAUCUCUAUAGGAUACUGGUCGGCAUUUGAAUAACUUCUAUUUGGGCAUCAAAGCAGGUAUUAUUUUCGCAUUAACUACCUCUUAUACGUUAUAUCAAUAGCAUAUUGAUGGGUAAUCUACAAACGUUGUUGGGUAUUUCGAGAUAUGAUAGAUGCAUUCUUAUCCAAGAGUUUCAGGGGCCAUGUCAUGUCUAGUAGCGGUACUAAGUAGCGGUACUAUCUUGGAGGUGCAUUGUUUCGGGGUACUGAGAGGGAGAGUCGGAAAUAACGAUGGUAUCCUACUAGGUUUGGAAGGUGCUAUUGGAUCUUUUCUGCUACGACUUCCCCUGAUUGGAAAGUAAAGUACAACACUACCUUUUCGUACCUACCUCCUAACUAUAGACUUUUUGGAGCAAAGACAAAUAGAAUUCCAC